AUGCAUUCACAAACGCCUCAAUGGGUCCAGGGUCUCAAUAAGGAGAAGAUGCUCAGUGCGUUGAAGAACCACAUCACCAAGGUCAUGACGCACUUUGGAGAUUCGUGCUACGCUUGGGACGUCGCCAACGAAGUCAUGGGCGACAACGCGCAGAUGCGCGAUUCGUUCUGGUACAAGACGACGGGCAUGGACUUCUUAAGUACGGCUUUCAAGACUGCCAGCGACGUUAAGAAGUCACUCGGUCUCAAGACGAAGUUGUACUACAACGACUACAACACCAACACUAUCAACGCCAAGUCCACGGCUGUAUUGAACAUGGUAAAGAAGCUGAUGGACCAGGGGGUCCCCAUUGAAGGCGUUGGCUUCCAGUCCCACUUCCAGCAUAAUGACAAGUCAACUGUUGCUGACCAAGUGGCGAACAUGGAGCGCUUCACUGCUCUCGGAUUGGACGUUGCGCUUACUGAAGUUGACGUAACGGCGAGCUCUUCUUCGCCUUCCGCAGAGGAGCAAAAGCAGCAGUUCAACGUCUACAAGAACACUGUCGCUGCUUGCAAGCAGGUGAAGCGAUGUGUCGGAGUGACGAUCUGGGGCUACGACGACAACUACUCGUGGCUCAGCACCAAGUCGCCGCUGCCGUGGUACCAGCCAGGAGGAGCAAACUCGGCGAUGGUGCGCAAGUCUCUGUAUGACGGCAUUGUCGCUGGCUGGGGCGGAGCUAGCGGAGCGAAGAAUUCGACGCAGUCAACUGGGGGCUCCAACGAGCAUAGCUAUGACUUUGGAACGAACGUUAACAACAAGCCGGGAGUGGUGAAGCCUUCAAACUAG